CUUCUUCUUAAUUCGCCAUCAUUAAAUGAUAAAUGUAAUCUUGAGUUGGUAUUAUAUAAGAUCAGGUUUGUUUUCCUCCUGGCCCUCGUUUCUUUCGCUCGGUUUCCACCACAAAGGUGAAUAUACUCGUACCUGAAAUCGUUAUCACAAGACUUUUGAGAUGUAUAAAAAUGCGAACACAAUUUCAAAUCGCUUUGAGUGCGGUGCAAAAAGCUUUAAUUGUCGGUUGUGUGCUCGGGAGCUCAGACUUAAUAGAUCAAUAUUUCCUUGAAAUUUGUGGAAAAACUGGUUGCCAAAUAGGCCAAUUGCAUAUAAGAUUCCAAUACAUCUUUGCACAGAAAAUGGUGUUGACGGAAGUCCUUUUUCUGGUGGUUGCCGCCCUAGUAGCACUGUACACGUGGUUUCAGCGAAACCACAGCUAUUGGCAGCGAAAGGGCAUACCGUAUGUACCACCCACACCGAUAAUAGGAAACACAAAGGUAGUCUUUAAGUUGGAAAAUUCCUUCGGCAUGCACCUGUCGGAGAUCUACAAUGAUCCUAGUGUUAAGGACGAAGCCGUGGUAGGGAUUUAUUCCCUUAAUAAACCUGGAUUGAUUAUUCGUGAUAUAGAUCUGAUCAAAUCCGUUUUGAUCAAGGACUUUAAUCGGUUUCACAAUCGUUAUGCUCGCUGUGAUCCGCAUCGCGAUCCCUUGGGCUAUAAUAAUCUGUUCUUCGUGAGGGAUACCCAUUGGAAGGACAUUCGCACCAAACUCACGCCCGUUUUUACUAGUGGAAAGGUUAAGCAGAUGUAUACUCUGAUGCAAGAGAUUGGCAACGAUCUGGAGGCAGCUCUCGAAAGACAUGGGGAGAACAGCUCUGGCAAGUAUAUCACCGAAAUCAAGGAGAUCUGCGCCCAGUUCUCUACGGACAGCAUAGCCACAAUUGCCUUUGGUAUCCGUGCUAACAGCCUUCAGAAUCCUAACGCCGAGUUCCGUAACUACGGACGCAAGCUUUUUACUUUUACUAUAUCACGUGCCAAAGACUUUUUCGUGGCCUUUUUCCUACCCAAGCUGGUAUCCCUAAUGCGCAUCCAGUUCUUCACACCAGACUUUGCACAAUUCAUGCGAAGUACUAUUGGUCAUGUGAUGCAGGAAAGGGAGCGAACGGGCUUGCUUCGUAAUGAUCUGAUUGAUGUUUUGGUGGGCCUACGUAAAGAGGCGGCUGCAGAGCCUUCGAAACCUCAUUAUGCCAGAAACCAUGACUUCCUAGUGGCUCAGGCGGGUGUAUUCUUCACGGCAGGUUUCGAGACUUCCUCCUCGACGAUGUCCUUUGCUUUGUACGAGCUGGCCAAACAUCCCGAGAUGCAGAAACGUUUGCGCCAGGAGAUUAACGAAGCAUUGUUGGAAGAGGGUGGAACAUUAUCCUACGAGAAGAUUCAGUCCUUAGAGUACUUGGCCAUGGUGGUGGAUGAGGUGCUGCGCAUGUAUCCGGUAUUGCCGUUUUUAGACCGCGAGUAUGAGAGUGUGAAGGGACAGCCGGAUCUAAACCUAAAGCCGUUUUAUGAUUAUACUUUUGAGAAUGGAACUCCUGUAUUUAUACCAGUUUACGCAUUACAGCAUGAUCCAAAGUACUGGCAAAAUCCCAGCCAAUUUGAUCCGGAGCGCUUCUCUCCCGAGAACCGCAAGUCCAUCGUAGCCAUGGCAUAUCAGCCUUUCGGAUCCGGGCCCCACAACUGUAUUGGCAGUAGAAUUGGACUCCUUCAGAGUAAACUAGGACUUGUUAGCCUGCUAAAGAAUCACUCGGUAAGAAGCUGCGAUGCUACCAUGAAGGAGAUGAAGUUCGAUCCCAAGGGUUUUGUGCUGCAGGCCGAGGGUGGCAUCCACCUGGAAAUCGUCAACGAUCGCCUCUAUGAGGAGAGCGUGGCACACGUCCAAUGAAUAAACAAUAUGAUUCAACGAACUAUAGUAUAUAUUUUUAAAGUGAUUAGCUGACAAGGUAAUCGCAUUUUGACAGCUUUCAUUUGAUAAACUUGUAACGUACAUUAUACAAUUCUCCGUGUCAGAAGCGGCGCCUAGUCUACUGAAUAAAAACAAAAUCAUUAUCAAAUUACAUUUAAUCUUGGGGGCAGGGAAGCUAUAAAAUUGCGCCACCAAUAAAUACCUUUAAUCUACUUGAUUAAAAUCAAAUGCAAAUGCAUUUCAAAAAUGUAACAAUAACGUAAUGAUGUAUUUAACUAAAAACAAAGUGAGUUUAGAUAGAUCAGUGAAUACGUAAUGUCGAUAUGUGUAAGUACCCCAGAAUGACAAAAAUAUAUGUACAUAUAUAUGAUUGAA